GAAGUCGGAGCUCGUGAUUACGACAUGCCGUGUUCACGUAGUUUCAGCAUAAACUUGAUUUAAGUUUAUAUUUGGCCUUAUUGAUAAUAAAUGAACAACUGAACAUUUAACGCGCAACAUGGAAGUUUAAAUAUUUCCACAUUCAUAUCAGAUGAGGACCAAGUCCGAGAGCUGGCCUUUUUAAAUGUAUUUUGUUUGUUUGUUUUUAUCUAAGAUUGACGUUUAUUUUGGACCCAGUAGCACCCCCUGCUCCAAACACACAUAAUUCAACAAAUUAGCUAAUAACUGGGAGUGUGAGUGUGUGUGUGUGUGUGUGUGUGUGUGUGUGUUUGUGUGUGUGUGAGAGAGAGAGAGAGAGAAAGAGACAGAGUGUGUGUGUGUGUGUGUUAGAGGCUGACCUAUAGUGGAUUUUACUGAUGUUAAUGAGACUGGUCCUCUGAUCAUUCUCAUUAGCACAGUGUUUCCGCCUGCAGAACUGUCGCUCAAUCGAUUUAAUUUUUAACAUUUAUUUUUGCACCGUUCUGUGUAAAUGCUUUAAAAUGUUAUAUGUUAAAAUACCAGGAGAACAGCAUUUUAUAAAAUACUCAAAUCAGCCUGUCUGGCAUCAACAACAUGCAAAGGUCAAAGUCACUGAGAUUGCAUUUUCCCACAUUCUGCUGCUUGAUGUGAACAUUACUGGAAGCUCUUGACUGGUUCCUGCUAUAGUUGAUGAAUUUGAGUGUAAAAAGGAGGCAUACAUAGAUGAUCCUGAGCACAAUGUGUACACUCGCUUUAUGAAGUCCCACCGCUGCUAUGACCUGGUGCCCACUAGCUCCAAAUUGGUGGUGUUUGACACCUCUCUGCAGGUGAAAAAGGCUUUCUUUGCUCUCGUCUCAAAUGGAGUGAGAGCUGCUCCACUCUGGGACAGCAAGAAGCAGUGCUUUGUUGGUAUGUUGACCAUAACAGACUUUAUCAACAUACUUCAUCGCUACUACAAGUCACCGAUGGUUCAGAUAUAUGAAUUGGAAGAACACAAAAUAGAGACAUGGAGAGAGGUCUACCUACAGGAUUCCUUCAAACCUCUUGUUAGCAUAUCACCUAAUGCCAGUCUGUAUGAUGCCGUGUCAUCUCUGCUAAAGCACAAGAUCCACAGGUUGCCAGUAAUCGAUCCUCUUACAGGAAACACGCUGUACAUCCUUACUCACAAGAGGAUCCUCAAGUUCCUCAAACUCUUUAUUUCAGAGAUGCCCAAACCAGCAUUCCUAUCGAAGUCUCUAGAAGAGCUCAACAUUGGAACAUUCCAGAACAUUGCCGUGGUCCACGCUGACACACCCCUCUACACUGCGCUGGGAAUCUUCGUCGACCAGAGGGUGUCUGCCCUGCCUGUAGUCGAUGAGAAUGGAAGGGUGGUUGACAUAUACUCCAAGUUUGACGUCAUAAAUCUGGCUGCAGAAAAGACAUAUAACAACCUGGAUAUUACUGUCACAAAGGCCCUUCAGCAUCGCUCUCAGUACUUUGAGGGAGUUCUCACCUGUCAAGCACAUGAGACACUGGAGGCCAUCAUCAACAGACUGGUGGAGGCAGAGGUGCACAGACUAGUCAUAGUAGAUGAUCACGAGGUGGUGAAAGGCAUCGUUUCUCUCUCAGAUAUUCUUCAGGCGCUGGUGCUCACCAAUGGAGAUAACGAGUGCAGUUGGAUACACUAAGAGAGGUGAGACGAGAGGAAGCGGGGAGAUGAGAUAGAGCUUACAAAGCAAAGCAACGCAAGGCCAAUCACAAAAAAAAGGAAUCAGCAAGUCAUCUAAUCUUAGCUUGUAGAGUGAAAAAAAAUCUCCCACAAGCCUCUCCUGUUAGGUAACGAUAAAAAUCCAGAUUAUUUUAGAAUAUAAGUAGACGUUUAACAGAACCUCUCCCUUCUUCUCUUCCUCUUUCUCUUGAGGAAGAUGACCUGUGAAAAACAGAGCAAUAUACAGAGUGUAAGGGGUAAAGCACAAGCGCAAUCAUAGCAAAGCACACACCAAAAUCCUCAACUUGUAAAACCUGAAGCAGCUGUAAAGCCCGCUGUGAAACCUGCAGCUUUUCAUGACUCAAGACCAGGUUUUAGGACUUAUUUAUUUCUUACACACGGUGUAGCGAAGGAAGGGAUGUGGAAAAUGUCACUCGGCAGACAGGCAGAUCCUAGCAUAAUUUCAGGUAGUACGUAUAUAACUAGGCUUUUGCUUUUACUACUAGUGCAUGUCCUAUUAAGAAUCAUUAUGAUCCACUUCUUCCUAAAUAUGGGACGCUACCUAAUGUGAUGUAAAGAACAAUAAGAAAUUACAGCGCUCGCAUACAAAGGAUUUUUAUAUCCUGAAGUUCGACUACUCUACAGAGAGUACAGAUGUUUGAAUGUCAUAUGGGCCCUUGUAAACAUUCUUUACUGUUAGUUACUGACCUGUAGUAUCCGGUCCACUCGCACUAGUUCUUUUUGUCCUAAGAAUUAAACUGAACUUCUUUUUUUUUUUUUUUUCACCUCACAGUCCAGAAAAGCUGGAACUUUGAUUUUAAAGUUAAUAGCUAACAAAAUUGUAAGUUAUUGGGGUUUUUUGUGUGUGUGUGUGUGUGUAUUUUGUUUUGUUGGUUUUUUUUUUGCUAUUGCAUAUCAUAUCUUUCACAAUAUGGUUGAAGUGAACGCUCAUCAUUUUGUUUGGAUUUUUUUUUUUUUGGUGUAAAAUUCAUGCUUGAAGUGUGUUUAAGUGGGGGAACAGUGGAGUGCCGUAGUUUUCCAUGUAAUAAUUUCAAAACCAAAUUUAUGAUAAAUGCCAGUUUGUUUGAGUUCUUCGAUUUGGACGCCUUGAAAGACCAGUAUCUUUAAUGGUGAGUGUGGAUGAUGGAUCUGUUUAGUAAAUAUUGGCAGCUUUUCCUCAAGGUUUUGUGUCACAGAGGGCUGCUGUCCAAACUGUAGGAAAGGUAAAUGACCAUUCCACUAUAUACACACACCAUGUGGUUUUGUUGUUUUAUUCUUAAUCAAAGAUUGUUUUAUUCUUAAUUAAUGAAAUGUGUAUACAAAUGUGUAUAUUUGAAUAUUUACAUUUUAUAUUUCACGUCAAUUUGUAACGCAUGACUGAAAUAAAACAUUUUAUCUUAAACAUG